ACCUGUUUGAUUAUUUCCUUCAUGCUUCUGGAAAAUAAAGUGUUGGGUCAAGGUGUGUGCAAUUUGAAAUUUUGAUAGAUAUCGCCAGGUUACCUCCAUCUGCACGCCCACCAUCAGUGCGUGAAGAUAGUAGAAGCUCUUGCUGCGCCAGUUGGGUGAGACCACUAAUGGUUUAAGAAACUUUUUUUUCCUCCAGUGACAACAAGAGACAGGGCAACAUGAGAGAUUCGUCUGCACCCUACACCGGAGAGCUUACUGGUUGAAGAAUUAAUCCCUGAGAGGCUGCAGUGUGUUGCAGCAUGGCCAAAGAGGAGACCCCGGGUGCCUCGAAGGACUUGCAGGAGUUGCAGAGGAAGCUGUCUUUGCUCGUAGAAUCUGUCCAGAAUAACACAAAGGUGGCUGCCUUUAUGAAGUCUCCGGCGGGCCAGUGCCUGGACGGCCACCCUUUCGUGGCCCUCACCUUGCUGGUGUUCGUGGCACUGUCAGCCGUUCCUGUUGGCUCCUUCCUGCUCCUUGUGGUGCUUACCUCCCUGGCUGCUUUUGUGGGAAUCAUGUUGCUGGAAGGACUGGUCAUCUCUGUGGGCGGCCUCUCACUGCUCUGUGUCCUCUGUGGCUUGGGCUUCGCAUCGCUCGCCAUCUCAGGGACCAUUGUCAUGUCCUAUGUGGCGGUUUCCAGCCUCAUCAACUGGUUUUCUCCCAGGCCUCUGGCCCAGCACUCCAGCAGCGACUGCCCGCUGGCUAUGAAGCCUGCAGGCGUGGAGGGGCUCUACCAAGAAUGACCUGACGGACGGAGCAUUUUUCCAGUCGUCUCUGGAAGGUUGUUGGACCAUACCUGCCCCUUGGGAUUGUGGCUCGGAGGGCGCUAUGACUAGUCAGGCACUCCAUGGAUGUGUCCUCUGCAUUUUCACUUGUUCGUAGGAUCCUGCAGUAGCCACUUGCGAACUACCCGCCUCUCACCCCUUCUCCCCAGUGAUGCAGACUUGACCUUGGCAGGGUCCUCAGCCUCGAGCCUGGCCACGUGACCCCAAGGUCGACUUGACCCAAGGAUCUUGUCAAGGGCCCAAUUUGAGGCAAUCAUGGAUUGUUUUUCUUUCUUUUUUUUUUCUUCUUUUUUUAAGAAAUGAGAAUGCUGUUUAUAUUUCUCCAUUCAUUUGAAACAAGAGUGAGGGUAGGAAAUAUCCAAAACAUAACAAACCCUUCUGUUUUAUUAGCUUUUUAUCAGAAAGAACAUCAACAUUGGACAAUAACGGACUCUCAAAGUUGGAAAACAGUCCAAACUUAAUUUUAUAGUCAAGAGCAUUUUUUAAAAAGUCUAAAGGAAUAGCACCCACUGUGGAGCACUGUUAAGUGCUUUUACUCUUUGCACUUGAUACUUUUGUAUUGUUUUAAAGGACUGUUAAGCCGUUUCUUUAAAAAGUUCUAUGAAAAUGCUGAAGGGCUACAGAAAUUUUAAAAUCCUAUGGGAUUUCUACUUCAGUGCUUUAUGUGCUGUGGCAUUUUAGUCAAUAUUUGUUUAGAUGAGCUUUUUGUUUCACUCUUUAUUCCUGUCCUCUCUAGGCAUCAGACCCCCUUGUUCUUUCUGUCGAUUUCAUGGCAGAUCCUGAGUAAAAGGGCUUUUUCAGUUA